AUGGCUCCCUCUUGGAGACUGGGAGCAUGUAGCCUGUUGACGGCCCUUUGGCUUUUGCAUUGCUGUAGUUGUGGAUGGUCGGAGAGGACUAGUGGCAUGGCCAAGGGAGAAACUAAGGAGCAGGAGCUCAUGUCCCAUGAACGAGUGAAGAGGGGAUGGGUGUGGAACCAGUUCUUUGUGGUGGAGGAGUACACAGGCACAGAACCUCUCUACGUUGGAAAGAUUCACACGGAUUCGGACGAGGGCGAGGGGAACAUCAAGUACACCAUCUCCGGGGAAGGAGCGGGCACUAUCUUCAUCAUCGACGAGCUGACGGGCGACAUCCACGCCACCGAGCGAUUGGACCGCGAGGAGCAGAGUUACUACACCCUCAGAGCUCAGGCCCGGGACCGACUCACCAACCACCUGCUGGAAUCCGAGUCAGAGUUCGUCAUCAAGGUCCAGGAUAUCAACGACAGUGAACCCAAGUUUCUGGAAGGGCCAUAUAUUGGGAGUGUGGCGGAGCUUUCACAAAUGGGAACAUCAGUGAUGAAGGUCACUGCAUGGGAUGCAGAUGACCCUACAUACGGGAGCAGUGCCAGGGUGGUGUACAGUGUGCUGGACGGAGAGAGCUUCUUUACCGUGGACAGACAGACUGGACUGAUUCGGACGGCUGUGGCAGAUCUGGACCGGGAGACGCAGGAUCGCUAUGAGCUGGUCAUCAUGGCAACCGAUAUGGCAGGCCAAAUGGGCGGUCUUUCCGGCUCCACCACGGUGACCAUAGUGAUCACAGAUGUUAAUGACAACCCACCACGCUUUCCGCAGAAGAUGUACCAGUUUUCGGUGUCUGAGGGGGCGGCCGUGGGGACGCCGGUGGGGAGGGUGAUUGCCACAGAUGCAGAUAUGGGGGAGAACACGGACAUGAGCUACCUGAUCAAAGACGAGGAGGGCGGGGAACUGUUCAAGGUUACCACCGACGGAGACACACAGGAAGCCGUCAUCACUAUCAAAAAGCCACUGGACUUCGAGAGCAAGCGUACACACAACGUGGUGGUGGAGGCUGUCAACAAGCAUGUGGACCCCCGAUUUUUGGAGCUUGGCUCUUUCCGCGACCAGACAAUCGUGCGGGUCAGCGUAACUGAUGCGGACGAGCCGCCUGUCUUCCUCCCUGCUGAGGGGGCCAUCAUGGAGGUCCAGGAGGAUGCCAGGCUAGGUGCGCUGGUGGGCACAGCUACCGCCAGGGACCCAGACAAGGAGAAUGCACCUGUCAGGUUCUCCAUUGACCGAAGUACAGACCAGGAGCAGAUCUUCCACAUUGAUCCAGUAUCGGGCUCCAUCACCCUGGGCAAGAUUCUGGACCGAGAGACGGCUGGCUGGCACAACAUCACUGUGACAGCAGUGGAAGCAGAUAAUGUAUCCCAGAUAUCCCAUUCGUCAGUGAGCAUUCGUAUCCUGGACGUGAACGAUAACCCUCCUGAACUGGCCAGACCUUACGAGGCGUCCAUCUGUGAGGACGCUAAGCCGGGUCAGCUUAUUCACACCAUCAGCGUGGUGGAUAGGGACGAGCCGCAGUCGGGCCAACGCUUCUCCUUCACCCUGGCUCCGGAGGCCACCAACAACCGCCACUUCACCCUGUGGGAUGUCAAAGACAACACUGUAGGGAUCCGGACCCAGCGCUCGGGCUUCAACCGCCGCGAGCAGAACGUCUACCUGCUGCCUAUCCUGGUGGUGGAUACCGGGCCUCCUGCUCUGAGCUCCACGGGUACCCUGACCAUCCACGUGUGUGGCUGCGACCCGGAGGGCGCCAUCCAGUCCUGCAAUGCCACCGCCUACGUCAUUAGCGCCUCACUCAGUCCCGGGGCCCUCAUAGCUCUACUGGUCUGCAUGCUUAUACUCAUAGUCCUGGUGCUGCUAAUCCUAACCCUGAAGCGCCACCGCAAGGGCCAGCGUAUGUCAGAGGACGAGGAGGACAUGCGCGACAACGUCAUCAAGUACAACGACGAGGGCGGCGGCGAGCAGGACACGCAGGCCUACGACAUGAGUGCCCUGCGCAACCUCUAUGACUUCCCCGAGGCCAAGAGUGGAUCUUCUGAGUCAGGCCCUGAUCUGCAUGCACUGCCCCAGUGGAUCCAGGGGCGGGUGAGCGGCGAUGGCGGGGCAGCCGACUUCUCCCUCUUCAAGGGCUACAUCCGCAAGAAGGUGGAGCAGGCGGAUGCCGACCUGUCAGUGCCGCCCUACGACUCGUUCCAGACCUACGCCUUUGAAGGCACCAGCUCGCCGGCCCUCUCCCUCAGCUCUAUCCACACCCUGUCCACUACGUCCGAGCAGGAUUUCUCCUACCUCAGCGACUGGGGACCACGUUUCAGGCAGCUGGCGGGCUACUACGCCCCGGGACAUCCUGAGGAAGAGGGCUCCUAG